GAGACGCCAAGCAGUCGACAUGGGUUCAAAUCAGCUGUCGUCAGUGCUACUAUUCGCUUUGGCUGUUUAUCAGGCGAAAGGAUGCCAGGGUCCAUGGGAUUUACGAAUAAAUUCAGAACCUUUGGAUGACAACAGCAUGGUCAGAUAUAAAAACUUCACAACGAUUGGAAGAAAGGAAUGGCUGUCGUUUGCUUGGGAAGGAGGUACACAGGAAGUAUGGAACUUGGAUUUGCUAUUUUUUUUAAAAAGAGAUAAGAUGGAAGGAAAAAUACGAUACAGAAAAGUCCCAGAUGAAGACGUUAUGAUACCAUGGGAGAUCGAAAAUAAAGAAAUAUUUUCAAUGAUUAACUAUAAAAAGAUUUUGAGCAAGCCUUGGUCUUUCUCGUUGUGUAAUCGUUUGGAUGUAUCCUUUUCAAACGAUGAAGAAGGAAAUUGGGAAAUCAGAAUUGGUGAUUUUUUACUGCAUCGGACCUCUAUGGACGAAAACGUACACAACAGGAGAAGACGGUCAGAUGAUUAUUAUGGAAUGACGAACAUAACUACAAGCUUCCAGCCCCCAAGAGGUUUUGGGUUUAUGGAUGAUGUUUACGACUAUUUCUUCGGUGAUGAAGAUCCAACAACUGGAAGAAGAGCUGGAAUUUUUACUAGAAUGAAAACUUGGAUGAGGGACAUGGCUUGUCGAUUGGGUAUUGCCUGCGAGGGUCCUAACCCACCAACCUUCCCAAUGCAGCCUAUUCCUCCAGCAGAGCCUGAUGCAGAAACUAUCUCAGAGGAUAACACACAAAAUGAAGUGUUUCAGUAAUGAAACAUAAAAAAAAAAAAGUUUCAAGAUUAGGAAUUCAUACAUUAUAGGAAACUAAUUUAUGUUUUUAACUUUGUUGUAAAAUACAUCUAC